GUUCUCAACUCCCGCGUUUUCUCACAUCUGUCAAAAGUUCAUCGUGUUUUGUUGAGAGUUUUAUUUAUUGUAAUUAUUUGUUUGUAAGUGAGUUUUGUGAAUACAUAAUUUAAUUAAUGUUAUAAAUAGUGUUAUUUAGUGUUUCAAAUAUGAAGACUAGUAAGUCGCCGGAGAAAACAGAAAUAACACCUUCGAAAAAAAAACUGAAGCAAGCCAGACUCCCGUUUAAGCUUAUUAGCGAUGUAUCACCUAAACCAGCGGCUCCUCAAACUAGGAAGCGCAAGCUUUCUGCUUCAGACACGGAGACAGUUACGAAAAUAGGUAAAAUAAGUAAAGAAAAUGACUUAGUUGAAGAAGCCGUGAUAAUCAGUGACGAUGACAGUAGAAAUGAUGAGAAUCCUCCGAAGGAGGAUAAAUCUAUGAAUCCUUUUGUAAAACUAGUAGAUACAGCAUGGAAAAAGAAGCUGCAAAAGUCCAAAAAGAAGAAGGGUGGCAACAAGUCGUCGAAAACUGUAAGUAAUGGGUCUGUCGAGGUUGAAGACGCCACUGAUAGUGCCGACAACAAAGAAGCCGACUCUGAAAUUAUGGAUGUAGAUGAAACUCCUACUGAUGUGAAUGAACAAACUGACUCAGAAGAAACAGCAUCUAAUAAAGUUAUGACUACAUCUUCACCAAAACAACAGACUGCAAAAAAAUCUUCACCAAAAGGUCAGGCAGCAUCAAAAUCUCCAAAUUCUUCACCAAGUGGUAAAGCAACAUUUAAAUCUUCACCAAAAAGCCAGAGGUCAAGCAAAUCUCCAGCUAAAGGUCAGGCCAGAACAAAGUCUUCCCCAAAAAGUGAGACCACAACACAAUCUUCACCUAAAAAAGAAUUGAAAUCAAAACCUAAUGAGGUUAUCAUUUUAGAAGAUUCAACUAAUCCUGAUGAUACCAAAACUUCAGAGACUGACACUGCAGAAGAAAAAGAAAACAAUACUACUGAAAGCCAUGAUAAUGAUUUAUCUCAAAAUUCAGAGGUUAAUGACACUUCAACAAUUGAACAGGUUUCCGAGGACUCAGAAAAAGCAAAUAAAAAAUCCCCUUCUAAAAAAGUACCAGCAUUAAAUCAAAUUACCCCCAAACGGAGUGCUCGGAAUAUAGCGAAAGCUGAACAGAAUAAUAACUCCAAAGGUUCUCCGAGCAAGCUUAAUGAGUCUAUGACUUCUGAUGGGUCAACUCCGAAGCAGGGUUCAAAGACAAGCAGGAGUUCUUCGGUAACUAACAGUCAAGGAGAUGUGUCAUUGAAUGAAUCUGCAACAUCAACUAAUUUAACACCUAAACAGUUACAAAAAAGAUUGGAAUCUGCCAAAAAGAAAGAGGAACGGGAAAAAGAAAAGCAGGAAAGGGAGAAAAAGAGGCAGCAGGAAAAAGAAGAAAGGGCUAAGUUGAAACAAGAGAAGGAAGAUCAAAAGAAGAAAGAACGUGAGGAAAAGGAAGAGGCUAAGAGAAAGGAGAAGGAAGAGAAAGAGGAACAGAGAAGAAAGGAGAAAGAAGAAAAGGAAAAACAGAAGGAACUGGAGAAGAAAAUACGAGAGGAAAAGGAAGAAAUGAAACGCAAGGAAAAGGAGGAAAAAGAAGAACAAAGAAAGAAAGAGAAAGAGGCAAGAGAGGAGGAGAGACGCAAAAAGCAAGAGGCAUUAGAACUCGAAAAACAAGAACAAGAGUUAAAAAAGAAGAAAGCCGCAGAAGCAUUCGUCAACUUCUUUGUACCAAAACAGAAGACGGACAAAGAACAGACAACUGACUCCUGCAUCAGCAAAACUAGCAUGCUAUCAAACUUCAUGAUCAAAAACGAUAUGCGUUUAGCUCCUUUAGUAAGAGUUGAUAUGAGCCAAGAUAAAAAAGAAGAAUUAGUUAAAUUAAUUGAAAAACAAACAGUUUCUGAGAAAGGUUUAUACCUAAAUUGUCUAAAGGAUGGAACAAAUAAACCCCUGUCUAGUGGGAAGACUUGGCCAUUGAGUGAUAAAGAUGAUGAUGAUGAUGUUAUGAUUGUUGAGGAUGAAUUACCAAUGCCAGAUGAUGCUGGUGAGAUCCUUACUUGCGAGCCAGCCCAACGAGAGAAAUUGAGACCCAAGUUGCUGAGUUUCCACGAGAAUCGACGUCCACCAUAUUGGGGCACUUGGAGAAAAAAGAGUGCAUGUGUCAAACCUCGAAGACCUUUUGGGCAAGAUGAGAAACAACUGGACUAUGAAGUGGACAGUGAUGAGGAAUGGGAGGAGGAACAGGAAGGUGAGAGUAUCGACGGGAGCGCUGCUGGCAGUGAUGAUGAACAGGAUGCUGAUGAAUAUGAAGUUGAUAAUGUUGUGUUUGUGCCGCACGGAUAUCUUAGUGAUGAGGAAGCAACCAUGGAUGAAGAUGAUAUGCUCUCCCUGUCUCCAGAAACUCAAAAACAAAGACUGAAACAUUUAGAAGACGAAUUUGAGUCCGAAAUGAAGAAACCAACUGAAAAACUUAAGCCUCGAAUGUACGGCUUGCUGUGGGAGACGGCAGAUGGCGGGAAACCAGAGAAAUGUGUGGAUGCUCUGUGGAACUACUUUGGAAAGUUGUCUAUGAUCAUGAACGAUCCGACUCCAUUGUUACAACCAGCCAGUGAGCCUGAAGAAACAGAGAAAAAGAAGGUCAAAAAGAAGAAGGUUCCAAAAGAACCAACAGAAGGCGAGCCUAAACCGAAAAGCCCUAAAAAUGAGAAGAAAAGAAAAUCUAAAGCAGAUGAAAAGGAAAAAACUCCUAAAUCUGAAACAAAAAAGAAUGUUCCUGAAGCAAAGAAGAACCAACCCGGUAUUAACAUGUUUUUAAAAAAGUUAACAUCAUCAUAA